AUGACAAAAAAAUAUGUUUUAUGCCCUAUAUGUGGAAAAGAUGUUAAUAUUGACUUAAUAAAUACCCAUUUGGAUAGGGGAUGCGAUAGUCAUGAAAAGAAAUAUUCUCUUUCUUUAGGUUCAAUUCAGCAAAAAUUAUUUAACGAAAAUUUUCUGAAUAAGUCUUUUCCCUGCAAUAAAAAUCAUAGAUAUUCUGAGAAUAUUUUGUCUUGUCCGUCUUUAUCUAAAAGGGGGGUACAAAAUGAAAAUGAAUUAUCUUCCAAGGAAGCUUCUUAUUUAAAAAAAAGUAAAAAUAAUAGCAAUUUUGAAUUUUAUUCUCCCCUUUCGGAAAGAGUUCGACCUCAAACACUUGAUGAUUUUGUAGGCCAGGAAGAUUUAAUUGGAAAGUAUGGUUUACUUAGAAAAUUAAUUGAAAAUGAUAAAUUCCCUUCUUUUAUAUUAUGGGGAGCAUCUGGAGUAGGGAAGACUACAUUAGCAAGAAUCAUUUCAAAAACCACAAAUAAUCAAUUCAAAGAAUUUUCUGCUACAUCUAGCACUAUAUGCGAUGUGAAAAGGGCUUUUGACGAUGCAAAAAAAAUGUUAUCUUUGACAGGACGUAAAACAAUUAUAUUUAUAGAUGAGAUUCAACAAUUUAAUAAGAUGCAACAAAAUGUCUUUUUGCAUUAUAUAGAAGAGGGGAUAGUUAUAUUAAUUGGUGCCACUACCGAAAAUCCUAGUUUCAAGAUAAACAACGCCUUACUUUCUAGAUGUAGGGUAUUUGUUUUACACAAGCUUUCUUCCAUGCAUGUUUUUGAAAUUUUGAAAAAUGCUAUAUCAAUAAUUAAAUCAUCUUCUGAAAAUAUAAUUAAUAUCGAUGAUAGUGUUAUAGAAUAUUUAGCGAAUUUGUCUGAUGGUGAUGCUCGCAUUGCAUUAAACACAUUAGAAAUAAUAUUAAAUUUUGAAACCAAAGAGAAUGAUAUCAUUACAAAAGAAAGUGUAAGAAAUAUUUUGAAAAGGACUUCUUUUGUCUAUGAUCGUGUUGGCGAUUCUCAUUAUGAUACCAUAUCUGCAUUUCAUAAAAGUAUUCGCGGUUCUGAUGCUAAUGCAGCGUUAUAUUAUCUUGGAAGAAUGCUUCUUGGGGGCGAGGACCCUCUGUAUAUAGCACGUAGAAUGAUUCGCAUUGCUUCAGAAGAUAUCGGGACUUCUGAUAAUAAUGCUCUUAUUCUGGCAAUAUCAGCUUAUCAGGCUGUCCAGUCUGUAGGAAUGCCAGAGGCCGAUAUUUUUUUAGCUCAUGCUGCAAUUUAUUUGGCAGAAGCGAAGAAAUCUAAUAGGAUCUAUUUAGCUUUGAAUAAUGUUAAACAUGUUCUUAAAACAGAAGAUGGUGCUUUCUCUGCCGAAAUUCCAUUGCAUAUUCGGAAUUGCCCUACAAAAUUAAUGAGUGAACUUGGAUAUGGAGUAGGCUAUAAAUAUAAUCAUCUUUAUAAGGAUGGAAAAGUAAAACAAGAAUAUCUGCCUUCUACAUUAAAAACUAGAAUAUUUUUAGAUGUAGAUAAAGAAAUGAUUUUAGAUCCAGAAUUUAUAGAAUAA